AUGGGUACCAACGAUUCCUCACUACAGUCCUCUAUGAAUGACUUUUUGUUCUUACCCGAGCCUGCCAACGAUCGGUACCGACACAAUAUGCCCGGCAGUGUUCGCUUGAUGCAUGGAUUUCAGCAGCCCUACGUCGAUCUAGUGGAUGACGUCCAGGCUGCUAUCACCCAACACAAGACGGAACGAAAUGAGUCGCGUGUCACCGUUAUUGGCCAGUCGCAAGGCGCUGCCAUAGGGUUGCUCUCUGCAGUUGACUUCCACCAGCGCCUGGAUGGUGGUAUUUACCGCGCCUACCUUUUUGGCCUUCCACGGCUUGGCAAUCCAGUUUUUGCAAAUUAUGUUGACAAGACUAUUGGCGAUCGCCUUCGAUGGGUCGUCAAUGGUCAUGAUUGGGUACCCAAUGUGCCUCUGCGCAUUGCAGGAUACCAGCACCCGUCUAACUACGUGUGGAUUUUCCCCGCAAAUUCGUCUCAUUGGAAACUCUAUCCUGGCCAAGAAAAUAUCCAUGGCUUUGCGUCGGUACCGCUUGAUUACUUUAAGAGUUGGGAUCAUGAAGGCGUUUAUUUUCAUACGCAGGUGGGCACGAUCCGUGGCCGCUGCCCUGCCGUAGCGGGGCAAGACUUUCAAUAA